AUGUCUGGUAAUUAUCUUAACUAUUUUGUAGUUGCCUUUGGCCUGCGGAAAUGGAAAAGCUCUGUCUCCGUACAAGCAAAAAUGCCUCCCUGUGACUUUGUACCGGAAAAAUACCAAUCCUACACAUAUGAGCAUAUGCUGAAGAUCCGUGAACGAAACGUCUUUCCUUCCCUGCUAACAUAUUACAAGAAGCCGUUGUUGCUGCACCAAGGAUAUAUGCAGUGGUUGUUUGAUUAUGAAGGACGAAGAUAUCUUGACCUCUUUGCUGGAAUCGUUACCGUCAGUGUUGGUCAUUGUCACCCGAAGGUAACUGUGGCUACCCAGAAACAACUUGCUCGUCUUUGGCAUACCACUAAUAUCUACAUGCACCCAUCAAUCCAGGAAUAUGCCGAGAAGCUAACUUCACUUCUCCCAGAUCCACUGAAGGUGGUUUACCUGACCAACAGUGGGUCAGAAGCCAAUGAUCUGGCGAUGUUCCUGGCAAGGAUAUAUACUCAUAACUUUGACAUCAUCUGUUUCAGAGGAGGAUACCACGGAGGCAGCCCUUACACGCUGGGAGUGACAUCUCUUGGUCCUUAUAAGCAUGGCGUUGCCAAUGGCUUUGGCUCCUCAGCAACAAUGUUGCCAGAUGUUUUUCGUGGUCCAUGGGGAGGCAGCCGUUGUAGAGAUUCUCCAGUGCAAACCAUUCGAAAAUGCAGCUGUUCUGAAGGUGUGUGUCAGGCAAAAGACCAGUACAUUGAACAAUUCAAAGAUACUCUGAAUACCUGUGUGCCAAAAACAAUAGCUGGAUUUAUCGCUGAACCGAUUCAAGGUGUUAAUGGAACUGUUCAGUACCCAAAAAGUUUCUUAAAGGAAGCUUAUCAGCUAGUACGGGAAAGAGGAGGCGUUUGUAUUGCAGAUGAAGUUAACAUUGUGCAACUUUCCAAGCAUAGCUGCCCCCUGGUGCUUACUGCCUCUAUUCUGCUCUGUGGUAUUCUGAUUUUAGAAACAGCUAAGGUACAGACAGGAUUCGGUCGAACCGGCAGCCAUUUCUGGGGAUUUCAAACACAUGACGUAGUCCCUGACAUCGUUACUAUGGCAAAAGGAAUUGGUAAUGGUUUUCCAAUGGGAGCUGUUGUUACAACAAAAGAGAUUGCAAGUUCCUUGGCUCAGACUCUUCACUUUAACACGUUUGGAGGAAACCCUGUGGCCUGUGUAGCUGGAGCUGCAGUUCUCGAUGCUAUUGAGGAAGAUGGUCUACAAAAAAACAGUGAGGAGGUGGGAACGUACAUGCUACUAGAGCUCGCAAAACUACGGGAUAAGUUCGAAAUUGUUGGAGAUGUCCGUGGCAAGGGACUUAUGAUUGGGAUAGAAAUGGUGACAAAUAAGGAAAGUUGCCACCCUCUUCCAGAUGAAGAAAUCAGUCAGAUCUGGGAGGACUGUAAAGACAUGGGGGUACUGAUUGGCAGAGGAGGACUCCAUCGUCAGACAUUUAGAAUUAAACCUCCUAUGUGCAUUACUAAAAAGGAUGCAGACUUUGCUGUGGAAGUAUUUCGUACUGCAUUAGAGAGACACAUGGAAAGAACAGCUGAAAAAUAGACUGGAUUUGGUUCCUUGCACACAAGAUGCUCAUUGAACCCCUGAUAUCUGCCAUCUAGUCUCUGCGCUAAUUCUAUAAUUAAACUACAACGGACAAGAAAAAUCAUAGGCUGGAGAUGAAAUACUUGUUCAGUAUAAGAUGACCAUUUUUACACAACAGUCUAGAAAGAAAGUGUUUUGUAAACAUGUGGUUCAGUAGUGUUCUGCAGUAGUGUUUUGUAUUAGUUACAUACCUUUUCUAGUGUUGGUAUUAAAAAAACCCACUGAAUUGUAUUAACUUGAUGUCUUCUACUUACUCUGGUACCAUCUACAAAACUCAUGUCAAAACUGGCUGAAACACACAUGGCUGUUAAAAUAAAGGAUAGGAUUCUGUCUCCACUAGGACUUUAGCACUGACACAACUACUGUGUAAUUUAUCUCUUAAGUUUAUAGGCAACAAUAAUUUUUAGAAAGCAGAGUGACAGAAAAAGCAAAACUAUCCUUAGUUAAUAAACUUUCUUUGGACUACAGUAGCAUAUAGUAAAUAGUUUUAACAGACCUCAACAGCAAGCAUUUCCAAUUGUGUAGAUUAAAGUACAAACAUUUGUGAAACAGACAAGUAUGUCUUUUUACUUCCUUAAAUAAGAAAAAAAAGUACUAAUCAAUGCCAAGAGAUAAUACUGCAGAGCAAAUCAUCCCCUUUGCCCCAUGAUGUGAGACUCCAUUUAUAUAAGAGUAACCAAUCCCAGGAUGUGAAUCACCCUGAGCAGAACAUAACUGCAGCUUUCAAACAAACAACAUUAAAAUUGUUUACCCUUACUGCAAGGAUACACUGUAAUUAGAGCAAAAAGUCUGUAUGCACAUAAAUGGAAAAGUUUCUAAUUUCUGUAAUUACUUCUAGCAUGGGGCACUAAUCCUUAUCAACAUCCUCCCCAAAAAGUGGUUUUCUUUUCCUCAUACCCAACUAGAUAGCUGCUUUGGGAUUACAUAGUACAGCCAUUUAACAAGGCAUAAAGCAUGGCUGAUGCCAUGUAUUUCUAUCUUACAUAAUCAUAUUUGUUUAAAAAAAGUUUUGGUUCAUUACUUCCUUCAGGCUCCAACCAAAAAAAAAAAAGUGUUAACUGCACAUAUGUCAUUUUACUUUGAUUCCAAUUGUAAAGUCUGAAUCAUUUCCUAACCCAAUAAAAUUACCACGUUAACUUUG